GUCAAUAUUGUCAUGAAUGUCAUAUUCUUAUAUGUUGUCAAUUUUGUUAUACAAUGGCAGAAAAUUUACAAAAAAGGCCAUCAAAGGGCAUUUUAAAAAAUUCCAGUAGUUUUGAUAAGCCUGAACCACAGCCUAGCGCAGCAAAGAAAGCUAAAGAAACGAAAUGGGACGAAAUGAAUAUAAUUGCUACAUUACAUCCUCCUGGAAAAGAUUAUGGUCACAUGAAAAUUGCUGAACCUAAAACACCUUAUAACCAUGCUGACAUGGACAAUGUAGAUUGGUUAGAUGCCAAUGAAUUAGCAGAAAAAAUAAGGAUAGGGGCAGAUAAGCCACCCAAAGCUAUGGUAGAAGAUUCUGAUGACUCUUCUGAUGAAGAACUAACAGAAGAAGAAAGACAAAGAAGGAGAGAGUUUGAACAAAAAAGAAAAAAGCAUUAUAAUGAAUUUCAUGCUCUUCAAUUGGCAAAAAAAUUACUAGAGGAAGAUGAAGAUGAUGAGGGAGAAAAUGUUGCUCAUAGCAGUAAGGAAAAUUGAGG